CUGCCUCUCCCGUGUCGGCGGUGCUGGCUGCUGCCCUGCACAAUCCAACAUGGAGUAACAGGAGAUGGGGCUCUUUCGGGGCCACCCUCGGCGAAAUCAGCGCACACUCACAAACACGGCGAUCCUGCGAGGAAUGUAGAGCAAAGUAAAGGAGCGGACGUUCACCGGAGGGGGGGAUUGCUUUCUCGAUGGAUGAGCAGUGGCAAAAAAGGGGAAAACGAGACCAGCGACGAGACUGAGGAAGGUGGAGAACAAAACGGUGCGAAAAAAGCUACAGGAAGCCAGUGUUACACUAUGUGGAGGAGAGGGAGAGUAGAGAAAGGUGGUGACGAAAAUGCCGAGCGCAAAGUGUGUGCCCGCUGUGGGGGACUGCUGUAGGUGAAACUGGGGGGAAAAUGACCGAAGAAACACAUCCCGACGAUGACAGCUACAUCGUGCGCGUCAAGGCAGUGGUCAUGACCCGGGACGACUCCAGUGGUGGCUGGCUGGCCCUGGAGGGGGGUGGUCUCAGCCGGGUGGGGGUCUGCAAGGUGCUGCCCUCCGAGCUGAUGGGCCGCAGCGACUUCCUCAUCCUCGGCGAGCGGCUCAAGGACAAACAGGUUAUUCUGGAGUGUUUCCUCAAGAAGGAUCUGAUCUACACCAAGGCCACGCCCACGUUUCACCAUUGGAAAGUGGACAACAGGAAGUCUGGUCUGACCUUCCAGAGCCCCGCGGAUGCCCGCGCCUUCGACAGGGGCGUGAGGAAGGCCAUCGCCGACCUCACCGAGGGGUCCACAACAUCGUCCUCGACGAUCCAGAAUGAGGCUGAGUUGGGCGAUGACGACGUGUUCACCAAUGCCACUGACAGCUCCUCCAACUCCUCCCAGAAGAAGGACCACUUCACACAGGCCCUGAGCUCACCGGCCUUCUGCGAGCCCCGACUGCAGCCCUGCAUCCACCACCAUCACCAACACAGGGGGCCGGAGCGCGGCUUCCCGGAACAGCCGAUGCCUAAAUUCAGCCGUCAUGUCACCUUCCAGGACGAGGACGAGGAGAUCGUGCGCAUCAAUCCGCGGGAGCGGGCAUGGCUGACGGGCUACGAGGACUACCGGCACGCCGGCGAGCGCGGCAGGUUCUUCCGGGCCAACGACGCCGACUCCUACGUGCACUUUGCCAAAAGCGAGCUGUCCAAGCAUGACUACAACUACCCUUAUGUCCCCGACCGAGACUUCUGCCUCCACGACCAUAAGGGCAGGGUCAUGGCGAGGGGGUUGGGGGUGGUCAGCACACAGCCCCGCCCCCUACAGGUCAAACGGAAAGGGCAGAAGAUGGAGGGGGAGCGGUCGCGGUGCGUUUACUGCCGGGACAUGUUUAACCAUGAGGAGAACGGGCGCGGGCACUGCCAGGACGCCCCGGACCCCAUCCGGACCUGCAUACACCGGGUCAGCUUCAUGUGGUGCGCCGACAGCCUGCUGUACCACUGUCUGUCAGACCCCGAGGGCGACUACUCGGACCCGUGCUCGUGCGACGUGGGCGACGAGCGCUUCUGCCUGCGCUGGCUGGCCCUGCUGGCUCUGUCGCUGGUAGCGCCCUGCAUGUGCUGCUAUAUGCCGCUCCGCGUGUGCCACCGCUGCGGCAUGGCGUGUCACUGCUGCGGGGGCAAGCACAAGGCGGCAGGCUGAGCGGGGGGGGGCGGCAGGCUGAGCGGGGGGGGGCGCCGGGCAGCCGGGAGCUCAGUGGCUGGAAGGCGAUUCGUUCUCUGUUCUCCAUUUGGAAAUUUUGGCCUGGCGAGGGCCCCCCCCCCACAUUAUAGAGACUGAGACUGACUAUUCAUUUAUGUAUAACUGGUACUUUAUAUAUUUUUUACACUGAUUUUGUUUUAAGAACUUGAAUUUAUUUUCCUCUUUGU